GUGAGGCAGCGCAGGUGUGCCCUGCGCCUCUGUCUGCUCUGCGGGCCUCACCUGGCUGCGCUGGAGGCGGAGGAUGCGGCUGCGCUCGGGGGUCUUCGCCUCCUGCUGUCUGCUGGUACAGGCCUUGGGGGUCGGGCUCUUCCUGCGGGGCUUCUUCCCGCUGCCGGUGAGGUCCUUGCCUCGGAAUGGAGCCGCCGCCGAGCCGCCUCCGGAACCGCCCCCGCCAGGACUGUCUUCCAACUGGACCAAAGGUCCUUCCCCUCUCUUCAAGAAAGCUGUCAUCGUGUUAAUAGAUGCCCUGAGGGACGAUUUUGUGUUUGGUUCGAAAGGAAAACAGUUCAUGCCCUACACGACGCAACUGGUAGAAAGAGGGACAUCCCAUAGUUUUGUAGCUGAAGCGAAGCCACCUACUGUCACCAUGCCUCGAAUUAAAGCACUGACGACAGGCAGCAUCCCAGGCUUCAUCGAUGUCAUCAUGAACCUCAAUUCUCCGGCCUUGCUUGAAGACAACUUGAUCUGGCAGGCCAAAACGGCCGGGAAAAGGAUCAUCUUCUACGGGGACGAUACUUGGGUUCGGCUGUUUCCAAAGCAUUUUGUGGAAUAUGAUGGAACAACCUCUUUCUUUGUCUCCGAUUACACAGAGGUUGAUAAUAACGUCACCCGACAUUUAGAUAAGGUUCUUAAGAGAGAAGAUUGGGAUUUACUCAUUCUCCACUAUUUGGGGCUGGACCACAUUGGUCACCUGAGCGGACCAAACAGUCCUUUAAUCGGGCCAAAGCUUUCGGAGAUGGACGGCAUCCUCAAGAAGAUCCACACUACGCUACUCUCCAAGGAAGGAGAGGUGGCUUCGCCCUGCCUGCUUGUCGUGUGUGGUGACCAUGGCAUGUCCGAAACAGGGAGUCAUGGUGGUUCCUCGGAGGGUGAGGUGCAUACGCCCCUGCUUUUCAUCAGCUCUGCUUUUGACAGGAGAAAUGGUCUUCAAAAACCGACGGAGCUUGUUCAACAAACUGACUUAGCUGUCACACUGGCAAUAGGUCUUGGCUUGCCUAUUUCAAGGAACAGCGUGGGGAAACUUCUGCUGCCUGUGGUGCAGCACAACACGAUGAGGGAGAAGCUCCGGUACUUGCAUAUGAAUGGGUUCCAGCUUAGCAGGCUUCUUCAAGAGAACAUGCCUGCCUAUGAAAAAGAUCCUGGAUUCGAGCAGUUUAAGGUGGCUGAGAAAUCGCAUGGAAGCUGGAUGAAGCUUUACCUGGAGGGGAAUACCUCUGAAGUUCUCCUGAAUUUUGGCAAAAAAGUUCUGAAGCAAUACUUGGAGGCACUGAAGACCUUGAGCUCUUCCCUAAGCCAGCAAGUGGCACAGUACGACCUGUAUUCCAUGGUUGUGGGGACUGUGAUUGUUCUUGAGGUUUUGCUGCUAUUUCUGAUCAGCAUUUCGAAGGCACUGAGUGCCCGGGCGGAAUUUGAGGUGCCGCUUUCCCCUCCGCUGUGUUCUUUGCUCUUCUACUUGCUGUGCCUGACCCUCUGCGCCAUCCACGUGGUCGUGUGCACCUCGACAGGAAGCCUGUCCUAUUUCUGCAGCAUUUCCUGGCUCUCGGCAGUCGGGGUGAUCAUGCUGGUUUCUGGGCUCCUCUGUGUCCUCUUGUCGGCCCUAGAGAAGAGGUUUCUGAAUCCAAAGCUACUUGUCAAGAAUCCAGCUGCCUCCACUUCCAGCUGGUCUGAAUUAGAUGUGCUCAUCCUGGCAGGGACCAUUGGCCACGUGACGAGUCUGGGGGCAAGCAGCUUUAUCGAAGAGGAACACCAGACGUGGUACUUCCUCAUCAAUACUCUUUGCCUCGCACUGUGCCAGGACAUCUGCAGGCACUAUUUCCUAGCAAAAGAGCAUGACCUUCAACUGCCUUCUACAGCCCAAAUGAGUCCUGCAGAGGUCCGGGGAACAUCCUCCCAUCCCAUGAAGGACGUGGAGUUACUGCAGGAUGAUUUGAAAAAGACCAGGUUCCCCCUGUCCGAAAGUGCAGGAGGCUCCGAGAAGUGGAUGGCAUUGGCAACUCCCUGGGUCAUCCUGAUCUGUUGCCGGUUGCUCCGCUCCUUAAAUCAGACCGGAGUUCAGUGGGCUCAUAGGCCAGAUUUUGGACACUGGUUGACAAGUUCUGAGCACAAAGCUGAGCUAUCCCUUCUGGCAUCCGUAUCCUUGGUCCUGAUCUUCAUUCUUGUUCAACGGAAAUGUUCUCUGGUUUCAAAAAUAGCGAUGGCACUUGGACUCUUGGGGGUGUACAGUUACCGGGCAGCCAUUGGAAAUGUGGUAUUUCCAUGGCAACAAGACAGCAAAGAUAUUUCCAAGGGCAUCACUGAAGCACGCUUCGUUUACGUCUUCGUCCUUGGCAUAGUUUUCACUGGCACCAAAGACUUGCUCAAAUCGCAGGUUCUAUCCACGGACUCCAAGGUCAAGUUUAUCGGCUUGUGGGAAAUAUACAGCGGGCUGGUGCUGCUUGCGGCACUCCUGCUGAGGCCUCACAACUUGCCUGUGUUGGUUUUCUGCUUACUCAUCCAAGCCAUGAUGACAAAGUUCGUCUGGAAGCCGCUGGAAUUUGACGCGGCUCAAGUCACUAUAAUGCACUACUGGUUCGGUCAAGCAUUCUUCUUUUUUCAGGGCAACUCAAAUGGCAUUGCCUCCGUGGACAUUGCGGCUGGUUUUGUGGGAUUCGACCACUAUGUAGAAAUCCCAGCUGUUCUCCUUACUGGAUUUGCAACGUACUCAGGACCUUUGCUGUGGGCCCUUCACUUGCUGUGCUAUUUGAGCUCUGACGUCAACAGGAAUCCUGCAGCGAUGGGCCAUGGCUGUUUCUGUUAUGCGCUGCUCCACUCCAUCCCAGUGGCGGCAUACAUUAUCUUGGUGACAGGUCUGCGGUACCAUCUCUUCAUCUGGAGCGUCUUCUCACCAAAGUUGCUGUACGAGGGCGUGCAUGUCUUCAUCUCGACUGCCGUGUGCAUGUUCUUCACAGCCAUGGAUCAGAACCAUUCACGCAAAGGCCCAGUUUGAAAGCAACUGUUAAGCAAAAUCUAGAUCCGUUCCAGAAAGUGACUGAAUUUUUUGCAGUGAAACCUGGAUUCUUGCCUUUAGAUUACCCAGGGAACUUCGAAGAUUGAUCUAUUUUUAGCAAAAAAAUGUUUUUAUAUAUCAAAUACAUUGCAAGGGGUAUAUCCAUUGUGCAGGCAGAAUUUGGGCGGGGCGGCGGAAUCAAUCAUAUUUGGAAGGCUGAAAGCAAAGUGUGGGAGUUCAAACCCCCUUCCAGCACUAAUUUAUGUGGCCUUCUAUAACCACAGUUGAAUAUUACAUCGGUCUGGGCAUUAACUGCAGUGAAGACCAGCUGGAUCCCCCAUAUAAGUGAGAUUUUAAACCAAGGUUUCAAGCUGAUAUGCAAACUAUUGUUUGAUGAGAAUUGGAGUAUGAGAAUUGUGGUCAAAAUCCAAGGUGAUGGAAUGCUUAAACCAUGGUUUAAGGUAGGCAGUAGCAAUUUAUGGUGGAGAGGGAGCGUUGAGAAAUCCAGCCCUCUCCCAAUUUCAGGAGCAGUUGAUCGAACACUCUUCCCCCCCCCCCCCCGCUGCUUCUGUUAAAUAUUGGUUUAAUCUUGAACAUUGAAAAGAGAAUAGCCCUAAGGAGUUCUUCCCCCCCCCCCAUUUCUUUAUGACGGAAUGGUCGUUCCAUAACGAGAAAAAUCUACUAAGCUUUAAUAUAUUUGCAGAGGAAGGGUAGGUUGACUUUUAUUUCUGUCUUCUGGCAGGGUUCUUUGUUGAAUUUUUAUUUCAUUGUUUCUCAGUUCCUAAAUGUUAAUCGUCUCUUUUUAUUAAGUUAAUUUUUUUUAUGUUCUCAUCAAAUUCCCUGGUAAGUUGACUGUCGAACAGUGCUCAGCAUAGUAAAAUAGUGAAAUUGC